CGCCCGCCUCCAGUGGUCGCACCCGCCCUCGUCCCCCGCAACAUGGCGGUCUAGCGCAGCGGUGCGGACCAGAGCCUCGCUUGCGACGCGUUCGGCGCUGUUGACUGCGCCCGUAACCCGCGGUGGCGUUGCGGUGGUGGUCGGGGCGGGUUUUUUUUCUGCUUUCGGCGGCGGGGAAACAGACUUCAACGUCUCGACGACAAAGCCAUCGUCGAGAGCGGCCCGCGAAGCGAGCGAGGAAGGUGGUGGGGGGGGGGAGGAGGUGUGUGGUGUUGAAGGAGGGCGGCUGCAAUGCACGAGGGCAGACAGACCAAGAAUAUGUUUCUCACCAGGGCACUCGACAAGAUCCUGGCCGACAAGGACGUGAAGAAGGCGCACCACUCGCAGCUGAGGAAAGCCUGCGAGGUCGCGCUCGAUGAAAUAAAAGCCGAAGCGGAGGUGCAGAGUCCUCCCGCGGUGGUGGACGGCAAGGUUGGCUCGUCGGCACUGCCCCCCAUCCGCUCCAAGUCCAACUUCAUCGAAGCGGACAAGUACUUCCUGCCAUUUGAGUUGGCCUGCCAGUCAAAAUGUUCCCGUAUCGUGAGCACCUCCCUCGACUGCCUCCAGAAACUGAUAGCGUACGGACAUCUGACUGGAAACGCGCCCGACAGCACCACCCCAGGGAAGAGGCUUAUCGACCGUAUCAUAGAAACCAUCUGCGGGUGCUUUCAGGGUCCCCAAACGGAUGAGGGAGUGCAGCUACAGAUCAUAAAGGCCCUGCUGACUGCGGUGACGUCUCAGAACAUCGAGAUCCACGAGGGAACGCUGCUACAGACGGUCCGAACCUGCUACAACAUCUACCUGGCCAGCAAGAACAUGAUCAACCAGACGACGGCCAAGGCCACGCUCACGCAGAUGCUCAAUGUCAUCUUCGCUCGCAUGGAGAAUCAGGCGCUGCAGGAGGCGAAACAGAUGGACAGGGACAAACACCCGAGGCACGCUCACCAGCCGGGGUCGCAGCCCGGCGGCGAGGGCCAGCAGGCGGACGCGGAUGGCACACCCGGCACGUCGCACUCCCCGUCGCCGGCCCUGCAGCACGGCCACGUGGGCGAUGCGGAGAGGGCGGAGGUGGCAUCAGACGAAGGCGGUGCCGGCAGCGGUGGUGCCGUGUUUGAGGCGGCAGGAGCGGAGAACGGAGUGGACGGGCCUGAGAACGAGCAGACGGAAGCAGACCGUGGCAUCCCGCCUCACGACUCUCGCGAACCAAGCUGUGCUGAGGACGGGGAGACCCCUGAGCCCGUGGUCGCCGCGCAAGAGAUCGUGCAGAAAAUCCUCAACGAGGUCGUCUCCACAGUGGCUGCAGAAUCGGAAGACGGGAGCGCAGGAAGCCACACUGGCACCCUGGAGGAGGAGGGGAGUGGACCCAACGAUGCAGAGCCCACUCACGCCAACGGGGUCCCAGGAGGAACCAUCCCACCGUACACGCCUUCCCUGCCCGACGAUCGCAUCUCUGUGUCCUCCACAGACACGCAGGAGUCUGGCGUGGCACCUGGGCAGCCCCCAGUGGUGAAGUUCUCCCACAUCCUGCAGAAGGAUGCGUUUCUUGUCUUCCGCUCGCUCUGCAAGCUCUCCAUGAAGCCACUUUCCGACGGACCCCCCGAUCCAAAGUCUCACGAGCUGCGCUCCAAGAUCCUUUCUCUGCAGCUGCUGCUGUCGGUUCUCCAGAACGCCGGGCCAGUGUUCCGCACCAACGAGAUGUUCAUCAACGCCAUCAAGCAGUACCUGUGCGUCGCGCUGUCCAAGAACGGGGUGUCCUCCAUCCCCGAGGUCUUUGAGCUCUCGCUCGCCAUCUUCCUCACCCUCCUGUCCAACUUCAAGACCCACCUCAAGAUGCAGAUCGAAGUGUUCUUCAAAGAGAUUUUUCUCAACAUCUUGGAGACGUCCUCAAGCUCAUUUGAGCACAAGUGGAUGGUGAUUCAGACUCUCACGCGAAUUUGCGCAGAUGCACAAUGCGUGGUGGACAUUUACGUGAACUAUGACUGCGAUCUCAAUGCUGCAAACAUCUUUGAGCGAUUGGUAAACGACCUGUCCAAGAUUGCCCAGGGGCGGAGUGGCCAGGAGCUCGGCAUAACUCCCAACCAGGAGUUGAGCCUUCGCAAAAAGGGGCUGGACUGUCUGGUGUCCAUCCUCAAGUGCAUGGUGGAGUGGAGUAAGGACCAGUACAUCAACCCAAACUCACAGAGCAAUCUAGGUGCGUGCGCGGGUAUUCUGGCACUCGCGUUGGUGCGUGCGGACACAGGGCAGGAGCGGCCGGCGGAGCAGGACGCGACGGUGGACUCGCGCCACCCCGAGACCAUCGGCCGCUACGGCAGCGUCAACUCGCUGGACUCGACCGCCUCCUCGGGCAUCGGCAGUGUGAGCACGCAGCUGUCGGGCGCCGACAACCCCGAGCAAUUCGAGGUCCUCAAACAGCAGAAGGAGAUCAUCGAGCAGGGCAUCGAGCUGUUCAACAAGAAACCCAAGCGCGGCAUUCAGUUCCUGCAGGAGCAAAACAUGCUGGGUACCACGACGGAGGACGUCGCUCAGUUCUUGCACAGCGAGAACCGACUGGACUCGACCCAGGUGGGAGACUACCUCGGGGAGAAUGACAAGCUGAACAAGGAGACCAUGUACACUUACGUGGACCAGAUGGACUUCUCCGGGAAGGACUUUGUGUCGGCGCUCCGCCUCUUCCUUGAGGGUUUCCGCCUGCCCGGAGAGGCCCAGAAGAUAGACAGGCUCAUGGAGAAGUUUGCCGCUCGCUUCUGCGAGUGCAACCAGGGACAAACGGUUUUUGCCAGCGCGGAUACAGCAUAUGUGCUGGCCUACUCGAUAAUUAUGCUCACGACAGACCUGCACAGCUUGCAAGUGAAGCACAAGAUGUCGAAGGAGCAGUACAUCAAAAUGAACCGGGGUAUCAACGACAGCAAGGACCUGCCCGAGGAGUACCUCUCCUCCAUUUACGACGAAAUCGCCGGCAAGAAGAUUGCAAUGAAUGAGAGCAAGGAGUUCGCCCAGAUCUCCAGGCCGCCUAAGCCCAACGUCGCGAGCGAGAGGCAGCGACGGCUUCUCUACAACCUGGAGAUGGAGGCCAUGUCCAGGACUGCCAAGGCGCUGAUGGAGGCUGUGAGCCACGUGCAGGCGGCCUUCACCAGCGCCACCCACCUCGACCACGUGCGGCCCAUGUUCAAGCUCGCAUGGACGCCGUUCCUAGCGGCGUUCAGCGUUGGCCUGCAGGAUUGCGACGACACCGAGGUGGCCUCGCUCUGCCUGGACGGCAUCCGCGGGGCCAUCCGCAUCGCGUGCAUCUUCCACAUGCAGCUGGAGCGCGACGCCUACGUGCAGGCCCUCGCUCGCUUCACGCUGCUCACCGCCAACUCGGGCAUCACCGAGAUGAAGCAGAAGAACAUCGACACCAUCAAGACGCUCAUCAUGGUGGCGCACACCGACGGGAACUACCUGGGCAACUCCUGGCACGAGAUUCUCAAGUGCAUCAGCCAGCUGGAGCUGGCACAGCUGAUUGGCACGGGUGUGAAGUCGCGCUACAUCACUGGGACAUCCCGGCGGCGUGAGGGCACGGCGUCUGGCGCAGGCAUCACCACGGACGACUUCACCGGCCUCGGUCCGCUGGGAGGUGGGAACGUGGACCGAAAGCAGAUCGCCAGUAUCCAGGAGUCCAUCGGAGAGACCAGCUCGCAGAGUGUGGUCGUUGCCGUCGACAGAAUAUUCACUGGAUCCACAAGAUUGGACGGGAAUGCUAUCGUGGACUUUGUGCGCUGCCUGUGCGCCGUGUCGAUGGACGAGCUGGCGUCGCCGUCCCACCCGCGCAUGUUUAGCCUGCAGAAGAUCGUGGAGAUCUCCUACUACAACAUGGGCCGCAUCCGCCUGCAGUGGUCGCGCAUCUGGGAGGUGGUGGGGGACCACUUCAACAAGGUCGGCUGCAACCCCAACGAGGACGUGGCGUUCUUCGCACUCGACUCGCUGCGGCAGCUCUCCAUGAAGUUCCUGGAGAAGGGCGAGCUUGCCAACUUCCGCUUCCAGAAGGACUUCCUGCGGCCCUUCGAGCACAUCAUGAAGAGGAACCGGUCCCCGACGGUGCGGGACAUGGUGGUGCGCUGCAUAACCCAGAUGGUGAACUCGCAAGCGGCCAACAUCCGCUCGGGCUGGAAGAACAUCUUCUCCGUGUUCCACCUGGCAGCGUCUGACCAGGACGAGAGCAUCGUGGAGCUCGCGUUCCAGACCACCAGCCACAUCGUCACCACGGUGUUCGAGAGGCACUUCCCGACCACCAUCGAUUCGUUCCAGGAUGCCGUCAAGUGCCUGUCGGAAUUUGCCUGCAACGCGGCCUUCCCCGAUACGAGCAUGGAGGCCAUCCGCCUCAUCCGGCACUGUGCCAAAUACGUGUCAGAGCGUCCACAGACAUUCCGCGAGCACACGAGCGACGACAUCAACGUGGUGCCCGAGGACCGCGUGUGGGUGCGAGGGUGGUUCCCCAUCCUCUUCGAGCUCUCCUGCAUCAUCAACCGCUGCAAGCUGGACGUCCGCACCAGGGGUCUAACCGUGAUGUUUGAGAUCAUGAAGACGUACGGGCACACGUUUGAGAAGCACUGGUGGCAGGACCUCUUCCGAAUCGUGUUCCGCAUCUUUGACAACAUGAAGCUGCCCGAGCAGCAGACAGAGGUGAAAAGCAAAACGGAAUGGAUGACGACGACCUGCAACCACGCGCUCUACGCCAUCUGCGACGUAUUCACGCAGUACUAUGAGGUGCUCGACGACAUCCUGCUCGAUGACAUCUUCUCGCAGCUCUACUGGUGUGUGCAGCAAGACAACGAGCAGCUGGCUCGCUCGGGCACCAACUGUCUGGAGAACGUGGUGAUUCUCAACGGAGAGAAGUUCUCGCCGAGCACGUGGGACAAGACGUGCUCCUGCAUGCUCGACAUCUUCAAGACCACCAUCCCCAACGCGUUGCUGACGUGGAGACCCGUGGGGGUGGAGGGCGAGUCCUCUCCGUCUCACGGCGAUGGCAGCGAAAAGCCCUCGGAUGCCGUGUCGCAGCGCUCCUUCGACGUGUCGGUUCGCACGGACGAACACGCUGACCGGCCAUCGGGCGACACCUGGAAGCAGAGCCAGUUCAGCCUGGUGUCGACAGCGAGCGACGAGCAGGGCCGCGGCAAGGGCCUGAGGAUGUCCGAGCAGAAGCUGUUCGCCGCACUGCUCAUCAAGUGCGUGGUCCAGCUGGAGCUCAUCCAGACGAUCGACAACAUCGUGUUCUUCCCCGCCACCAGUAAGAAGGAGGACGCCGAGAAUCUUGCCGCAGCCCAGCGCGACUCUGACGCAGACGUGCACAUUGACACGGAAGACCAGGGCAUGUACCGCUACCUGAGCUCCAACCAGCUGUUCAAGCUGCUCGACUGCCUCCUCGAGUCCCACCGAUUCGCCAAGGCCUUCAACGCCAGCCACGAGCAGCGUACCGCACUCUGGAAGGCUGGGUUUAAGGGCAAGUCAAAGCCGAACCUGCUGAAGCAGGAGACGAGCAGCCUGGCGUGUUCGCUGCGCAUCCUCUUCCGCAUGUACAUGGACGAGAGCAGGCAGAACGCCUGGGGAGAGGUCCAGAACCGCCUCAUUGGGGCGUGCAGCGAGGCGUUCAGCUACUUCUUGUCACUGACUUCUGAGUCUCACCGGGAGGCGUGGACCAACCUCCUGCUGCUCUUCCUCACCAAGAUCCUCAAGAUCAGCGACGAGCGAUUCCGAGCCCACGCCUCGAGCUACUACCCGCUGCUGUGCGAGAUCAUGAUGUUCGACCUCGUGCCCGAGCUGAGGACCGUGCUGCGAAAGUUUUUCCUCCGCAUCGGCGCCGUCUUUGGCAUUUCCAUGCAGCAGCCGGAGACGCCCGGCUACAAGUAGAGAUGUCUCCGUUGUUCCGCUUAGCAAAGAAGGAGAAAAGGGUGGUACAUUUGAUUGUAAGUUCACAGUUGUUAUUAUUAUCAUCAUUACUGUACUAUUAUUAUUAUAAUGUCGUCCUUGUCAUUUAAUUCAGUUACGGAAAGGUUUUCAACUCGAGAAGGUGAAAUGUACGUCACAUGACCGGAGGGUUUUGUCCUCUGCGAGUGACUAAGCUGUAAACAUUUACUACAAUUGGUGUGCGCUUCUCUCAGGGCGGGAGGCGUUGAAGAGCUUGCGAUGAUUUCGACGGAAGAGAUUUCUCUUGAGAGUCACAGUGGUGAAGUGUGAUCAUGCCCACGUCUGUAGCCUUACCCCCUCCCCCCCACCGCCUCUUGUGCUGGCUAAACGCUUACCCAACCUUGCCCUGUUAUCGACAGACCAUCUGCAUUCCUAUUUAAGAUACCGACGGCAGGUCAUAUGAACAUUCGGAAAGGGUAUUAAAGUAUAUUAAUAAUUGUACAGCAUUGCAUGUAUUUAUAUUGAUGCUUUUAACUGGAAAAAAGCCCAAUUAUUUGUUAGAUUGGGUCAAGCUGCAUAUUUGUAAAAAACUAAAAAGUGACAUAAAAACACCGUGUACUCCUUCAUGACUUAGGCAAAAAAAAAAAGUUCAAAAUUGUUUUUGUUUGCUUGGAUCCAUGCACAAGAGGCCUGCUGAUGUGGUAAAGGUGUAAGAUAUAAGCUUGAGCAAGCACUAAACUGUGAACACUUUAUGGGUGUGGAGAUCUUCAUUGAUGUGUUUUUCUUUGUGAAGCUUUAUGGACUUUUUUUUAUACAUUGCUGUGUGUGUGCAGGGCGCUGGUACAUUUUAUGACGCGCACGCACAGGCGGUCUCUCGCUGAAUCACUUUCGUGUUACGUUGUGUUAAUCUCCAAGGGCCGAGAGUGCUCCUAUAAUUUAAUGUACAUUUAAUUGGGAGUCUGAUUUUGGUAUGGGGGAUUGUAUUUACUGAAGGGAAUGUGUGUGUGUGUAUAUUGGAACCACAGUUAUAUAAACAACAUCAUACUCUGUAAUCAGAGGUCUUCAGUUUAGCAGCGGUGUCCGCUAAGUCCACCUGCACCGGGAAUGCAUUGCAAAAAUGUCCUUGUCAAAGAUUUAUUUUUUGAGUGUUCAUCGUUGCAUUAUCUCACAUUGGUACAAUAGCUUUUUUUCCAUUGUAUGUUGGCCUUGAAACUUAAGUUGUUUAACAACGCAAAUAAAUAAACAAAAACUCCAACGUAAUUUUUUUUGGCACAGCAGAGUCCAAAAUUCUGUUUUGGCUACGUGCAGCCGCUUGCAUGGUCAUCGUCAUAUCACGGUGCUUUGAUGGCAGGGGGUGUUAGAUACAUUUACAGUUUACACUGAGAAGUAGCUGGGCGACCGUGGGGUCAUUCGCUUCGCAGUGUAGAGUUAGAUGGCUGGCUGGCAUUGAGCAUGCAGCCCACGUCCACGGCGUGGUGUGCAACUCGGGAGACGGAUUUCCCUCGGAGAAGAAAAUUAUACGGCAACACUAUUAUAACAGCGAGCGUGCGGUGUUGGAGCCAAUCCUAGAUGAAGCGUGUCUUUGCCGUGCCGGCUUGCAACAAGGGCAUUGCGUUUGACUAGGAAUCCCCAUUCUCCAGCGCUCGCCUUGUUGGAGGCUGCUUAAUUCGGACGUGACAUUUCGCGUGCCCGUGCUUCAAUGUGGCAGCAUUGUGCAUUCGGCGUAGCUUACGGUGGGAGCAUAGAGCACAAGCUCGAACGUGGAAGCAUUGCUGGUUUGGGGGGGGGGGGGGGGGGUAUGUUCAGACGCCACCUUAUCCGUCCCGUGAAAAAAGCACUGUUAUGCUGGAAAUGAGCUCCGGUUUCUUCUCGCUCUUUGAUGACUUCUCUGCUUGCGCUGUGCUCUCGGGGAGAGAGGGAGUCGGACAAAGUGUAUAAAUUUGUUUUGCUGUUGAUUCAUAUGCGUUAAUUAUAUGCGGGUCGAUGCGUGUACUUUAGGUCGUGGUAUAUAUAAUAAUAUAUAUGGAAUUCAAAUAUGAAAUUUAAAAAAAGUGAGAUGUAAGAAAUUUGACUUUAAACAUUAGCGGGGAUUGCAAAGAAGAUUGUGCGCAAUGACUUUAUCAGCCCAAUACUUAGUAAAAACAAAUUUCCAAUCAUUCACAGCUGUGGUGAGGGUGUAGCAGUCGAAAUCGCUGGUGGAUGUUAAUUAAACAAUGUAUAUGGAACAGCCAUAUAUAGUUUUUCUAUGUAAAGAAAAAUAACGGAUGCACCGCGGUUUAUGUACAGUUUAAUGGAGAUCAUCUGGUGGGACCUAAGCUGAGUAAUAAUAGUACGAAUAAAUGUUUUCAAACUCAA